UGUACCAGCUAUUAGGUAUUUUACUUACCUGUAGAAAUUCCUUUUCCAGAGUACCGCGGCAAUCAAAAUAUUUGGGAAAUUAAAAGAGAAAAUAUGGCCUCAUCAGGUAGGUACUUUUGUACCCUCUGUUAUGAUAAUGAUAGAUCGUCUACAGAUGCUGUCACAUGGUGUAUAGAAUGUGAGGUGUUCCUAUGUACAGACUGUGAAAAACACCACACAAAAUCAAGAACAUCUAAAGACCAUAAAACCAUGUCAACUAAAGACUACCAUAAAUUGCCAAAAUUCAUGCUAGAAAUAAGUAGCCAGUGCCGAGACCACAAGAAAAGGUUUGAACUUUACUGUUCUUUCCACGACUGUCCCUGCUGUAUCACAUGCAUCACAGAUAAACACAAAAAAUGUCAAGACCUGAAACCACUGUCACAUAUCUUAAAGCAAGUAAAAUCAUCUGCCUCUGUACAACUUUUUGAAAAAGAUUUGAAGAAUGUGAAGGAAAACUUAGAGGAGAUUAUUAAACAUUUAUUCAGUAGGAUUGAUACAAACAAAAGACAGAAAACAAAAGCUGCUGAACAAAUUCGAUCCAUGAGGAAGUCUAUAGAUGAUUUCUUAUACAAAUUAGAACAAGAAAUGCUUGAUGACCUAGAAUCAAAGCAAUCACAGCUUAAAUCUAAGAUGACCUUCUUACUACAACAAGUGACACAGCAAGCCAAUGAGAUCAGCCAAUUACAAAGUGAGUUUUCUAAAAUGACACAAUCUGCAACUGAGCUACAAAUGUAUUUUGGUCUGAGAGAAAUUGAGAAAACUACAUCCAAAGUAGAAAAAUACAUAGAUGAAUUAAAAAGUGGAGACAAUUUAAAAGAAAAUAACUUAGAGGUAAUCAUUUCAUAUGCCAUGCAAUCAAUUUUACAAGAUGUCAAAUCGUUUGGUGAUAUCAACAUAAAUACCAGCCAAUCUACUCUUCGAACUAAGUCUGGAAGAAAAAAUCAAGCACAGAACUUAGUAUCAACUGUUCCUAGAAUUGAAGAAAUUAAACCAUCAAUGUUGAGAACUCUGAAAAUUCCAGAAGAUAUGAAAUAUAUGGGUUUAACUGCUUGUAGGAUAUUACCUGAUGGAAAGUAUCUAACACUUAACAGUAAAAAUUAUAAUAGUCAUGCCCUCCUCCUAUUUGGUAAUGAUGGCAUCUUUGAAAGAAAAGUAAUUACAUUCACAGAAUAUAUUCAUGAUGCUUGCUUUGUCAGAAAUAAUACAGUGGCUGUCACAUUAGGAUCAGAAUACCAGACAGCACUGGUGGAUAUAGAAAAGAAUACAAUUAUUCAAACAAUUAAACUGUCUCAUUCCUGUUGUGGAGUAGCAAGUGAUGGUCAAAUAUUGAUGAUCAGCAAUGCGGAGAAAAGUACUAUUGUUAAUCUGAAUGAUGUGUCUCAAACAAUCUUAGAAGGUGUAGGAAUAACAGGUAUAUCAUUAUUUGGAGGAAAUAUCUAUGGUACUGUUUUCUCUGACAACAAAGUCUGCUGCUACAAAGAAACUGGAGAACCUCUGUGGACAUUUCAGCAUCAUGACAUUGACAGUCCAGAAGGAAUUGCAUUAGACAAGUAUGGCUUUGUUUAUAUAACUUCUCGUGGAAACAACAACUUCGUGGUAGUAUCACCAGAUGGUAAAACCUGUAAGAAAAUACUAUCAGAGGCUGACGGCAUCAAUUAUCCUGUAAAUAUAGACAUACACAGAGAAACAGGAAUGAUGAUUGUGUCAAGUAAAAUAAGGGAAACAAGUGAUGAGACUGAUGAUUGGGAUUAUAAAAUAUACCAAACAGCUUUUGUUUAUAAAAUCUGAAAUGUGAACUUUUAGAAACUUAAAUUCAGACGACACAACUAUGAAUACAUUAGGAAAGAAUAAUACUGACAUGUACAAGAUGAUCUCCGGUGUGUUGACAAAUGGUGUUAUGAAAAUUAGAUGUUCACAUAUAUUAAUAAAACUAAGUGUAGUGGUAGGUACAAGACAAAAGACUGUUUCCAGUAUGAAGAACCGGUACUAAAUAUUAAAAAAACAAUGUUCUUCAAAAAUCAUUGAGUCAAAAUUUCAAACAAAGAAGUGAAGAUCAACGCCGGUGGCAUACUUAUACCACCAGACAGAUUAUCAAGACAUACACAAAUUCACUCUUUCCAAAUACUAUCUUGCAAGACCAGCAUGAGGAAAGAGUCCAUCUACCCAAAAAGAUAAGAGAUUGGCACAUCUUACUGUCUCGGUGACUGCGGCAGAAAGUCUCGACUCGUUUCAAGUUUCAUGUGUUUAUUCGCAGUACUACGUAUAAAUGUUAAGUACAGCAAAAUUUCAUUUUUCUUUCUGUAAUUAAUUAUUAAUUAUGCUAGUGCACAUACACCAAACAGUGACAGGAUAGUCAACCUAAUGACGGUGGUCACUUAUAAAUAGAAAAAAACUUUUAGGUGUUAGAAUUGACGCUAAUCUCUCAUGUACAGGGAAUUUAUUAUACAUCUAUUUCACCUUGACUCUAUUUACUUUCUAAUAUAAAUUUUAAAAGAGUUUAGAUGAAAUAGAUGAACAUAAGUUACUAAAUUAAGAAAUUUUUAAAUAUUGGUUCCAAAAAGUUAUUUUAUUAUGGUUGCAUUCUCCAACUGAUUUAUUAAAGUUAGUGUUGUUUGGAGUGAUUGUGCUAACUCACCUAAUUAAUUACCUAGUGAGAAUAAUUGAAGACAAGAUUUAUUUUAGAUGCUGAUCCAUGUUCAGCCUCAUGUUGCAAUAUUCAGUUAAAAGUUUGGUGUCGCAUUUUGGCAACGGUGAAUUUUUCAAAAAUGAAAGUUUUUGUUCAGUAAAACUGAUAUUUAUUUAGAUAGCUGAAGAAUAAUAGAGCCUUUAAAGUAGGUUUAUAUGAACAUCAAGAUUGUUUUUUGCAUGUUUUAUAUGCCAUAUUUGGUCUGACUGUCCAUAUUUUCACAUCUGUACCGCCCAUAUAUAGAUAUAAGAAGAUGUGUGUGGUAUGAGUGCAAAUGAGACAACUCUCCAUCCAAGUCACAAUUUGUAAAAGUAAACCAUUAUAGGUCAAAGUAGGCCUUCAACACGGAGCCUUGGCUCACACCGAACAGCAAGCUAUAAAGGGCCCGAAAAAUAACUACCGUAAAACCAUUCAAACAAGAAAACCAACGAUUUAAUCUAUAUAAAAAACGAGAAACGAGAAACACUUCAACAAACAACAACCACUGAACAUCAGGUGCCUGACUUAGGACAGGUGCAAACAAAUGCAGCGGGUUUAAUAGGUGCCAACCAUCACCCAACAUAUGUCCAGAAAUUAUUGUACUGUUUUCCAACAAAACUUUUCAUUUCACCUUUAUGGCAAAUUUAUGGAAAAUGAGAUGAAAUGCAUAUCAUUUUUAUUGAACUCUGGAUAGAUAAAUGUAAAUGGUUUCAGAAAAGGUUUCACUCAAACGGAUUGAAAUUCUACUGAGGUAUAAAUGUUGAGGACUUUUGUGACAUUUUCAUCCCCCUUUUUGCAAUAUUUUGUAUAAAAUAAAUGCAGAUUGCUGCCAUAUGGUUACACCAAAAAGAGGUAAUAUUUCACCAUUUAAACUAUUGGAAAGCAAAUCUAUGGAAGAUCUUGUUUCCAUAUAUAGGCACAUAUAUGACACAAACAGUAUGCCUUUUUUGUUAGAAAGUAAGGUAAGAGGUUUUUUAAGUUAUGAGUGUCAAUUUUAAUCUUUUUGUACCUAACUGUGUAUUGCUACCUAAGGCACCACUGUUUAAAAAGGUUGGGUGCAUGACAAUAAAUAACAAGAUCAUACCAUCAA